UUGCAGACGGGGGUUGGGGGGAAUACACGAAGAAAACUCUCUACCGCUAAUCUUGUAACUAGGGUCAUAUUUGAAAGUAUACAUGUGCGCCAACAAACAAGUUUUUAACAAAUAACUUUAUGGUCAUCGCCAAAUAGGUGACAAUUACUGACUUCGGCGACAACAAGUUUCCGGACAGCCAUAUUACUAGGCAAAGAGGGAUCACUCUUCAAAUCGUCUCUCUUGUGACCCCGGAAAUAAAAACAACCAAUAAGAAGCUCUCUUUUAACUUAAGCUAGGCCUUCUUCCACGUCAGUCUCGCCACUCAGUUCCACAGGACGUUAUAAAAUAACUUUCUACCAGCACACCUGUCUCAUUAUGGUCAUUUUCGCACCUUUUAUGUACAGGGGCAAGUUGUCGACUGACAAAUCUUUGUGAAAUCAGCCUGAUUUGAAGCCAGACAUAUGGGCCAGGUGCUGCAAAGGCUAUAUUCCCUUGAACAGCAAGAGUGUCAUGGGCUAGCACAGCUUAAAGGAAAAGGCAGCAAAACAUCUUCUUGUCAGCAGGAUUGUUUUCCUGACCUAUGUGAGCUGCCUCCUGAACUGGGUUUAACAGUACUGUCAUAUCUCAACCCUACAGAUUUGUGUCUAGCUGCUUGUGUGUGGGAGCACCUGGCCAACGAUCAACAUCUUUGGUAUGGUCUGUGUCGAAACUCAUGGGGCAGUGUGUCAAUCUACUCACACAUGUCCUCUGUACCAGACAUGACCUACAAAAGGCUGUUUCUUAUUCUUGAUGAAGCUUCUCUUACAUUCAACACAAAUCCAUUUGUUGCAAUUGAUGGACUGAUAGAGAGGCAUGUUCUUGAUGAAAAUGCCAUGGAGAUAGCCAGAUUUUUACAUACAAGCAAGCGGUUGUGGCCAUGCAAGAAAAGAGAGUAUUUAGAAGUAAGGCAAGAUGUUUUCCAGCAGUUAGUGCGUCUACAGAACUUUGAGAAUCAGUUCCUGCCAAAUGCUCUGAGACAGUUUUUUCAUGAGAUCUCGGCACCUAGGACACGAGGAGAGUAUUUGUCAGCCAUGAUUGAGGGAUUUUCAGAACGUUUUUGCUCCUGUAAUCCUUCAUUAGGACUUAAUAAAGACACCGUGUGUGUGCUAUGCUACUCCCUCAUCAUGCUGUCUGUGGAUCUAACCAGUCCACACGUUAAGAACAAGAUGUCCAAACGCGAGUUUAUAAAAAACACCUGCCGAGCUGCUCAAGGUGUCAGUGGAGACUUUGCCGGUCACCUGUAUGACAACAUCUAUCUAAUUGGCCAUGUUGCCUCCAGUCCUCAUUCUUGACCCUUAUAUUUACUUUAAAAAAAAGAGUAUUAGAGUUGUUGUUUCUGAGGUGAAACUUGUUUCAGAAAGGUAAAGAGCAAUCCUGUAUAUCCCUCUAGAUUAUUCAGUAAUUUUCCUUAUUCAGGAAUAUUCUUUCUUGCUCUAACUGUUCUUUCCCUGUCUAUUCUAUCCUAACCUUUUACGCAAUAUUAUCAGAUUAUCGUAGUUUCAUACCAAGUUUUACCUGAAACUGGUGCUCUCAUUCCCAGGCCAACCUAUCUGAAUGUAAUUUCCCACAUUCAACAAGAUCAUGAGAAUAACAAAAUUACAAGAUAAAAUUUUAUGAACUUUGUCCCUUUGUCUCCCAGCCAUAUUUUUUUCUAUACCUCUCAUCUUCCUACAUGAGAAUGUAUUUAUUUUAUUUUUGUCAUACUCUUCUUGAACCUUAGGGUGUGUUAACUAGAUGUUGUGAGGAUGACAACAAACUGAUUGAAAGAUACUAUAGAUUUUAAAACAGAGUGAAGCUAAAGGUUUGGACACACAGCAAAUAUAUUUUUAGAAAACAGUGGUUUGCCAAACCCACUUGCCAACUGUUUCACAAACUGGUUUUUGGGACUGCUAGUCACACUUUGAAUGUUCAAGUACACCAGGCUGGGGCUUCUUGCUUGUUGUUGACCCACAUUGCCUCUAUCUUCUUGAUGUUGAUUGUCAGGUCAGUCAACAAAUACCACCACCAAACCUCUAGUAUUGGCACCUAGUACUGUAUAUAGCUUUAACAAUACACUAAUGAGAAUAAGAUUUUUCUCCUGAUUUUUCACUUGUUUUACAACUUUAUAAUGUUAGGAAAGCAGAUAUUUCUUUGGAUACAGAAUACAUUUUAUACCAUUACACCAUAAUUUGGAUAAACAGUACAUCCAUAUAAAUAAUAUCCAUCAUGAAGUUUUGAAGCAACUCGAGUCAGUUUCAACAAAUCUCCAAAGCAAGUGGCCAACUACUGCCUCUCAAGUGGACCUGAAGCUCGUUUCUGAUAAAAUGUCUUUUGUAAGGAAAAACUAUUGCGUGAUACAUAACCCAAGAUCAAUUUAUAAACAGUGCACUUAAGUGAAUGGUUAGCUGUUCUUUCAAGUUGUUGAGCACCUGUGAAAGCCAAAGACUGAAAACUGACACAAAGUUAGAGAUGGGUUCUAAAAUGGCAAACAGGCUGCAAGGAAGAGCCAAACAGGUUUGCCAAACCAUUUGGAUAAAGUUUGCUGUGUAGGUCACAUAGUGUUUCAUGUGUGUCCAAGCCUUUAGACUGCAAAUUAGAACUUAGCUCAAAUGUAUUUCAGUACAUUAAUAUUGAUUCGUACUACAUAGAUACAUUUGGAAUAGGAGAAUGGGUGAUGUGAGAAAUAGUGAAAUUUCAAUUUUAAACAGUAUCCCCAAUCCUGUUAAAGAACAUUGUUAAAGGCAACAAAUAAUGUGUGUAUGUGUAUGGGUUAUGCAUGUGUGUGUGUGACAAUCUUGAAAUGGUUUGAUUUUUCAGACAUUCACAAACAAGAUCAAAAUCACAUUGAAAGAAUGGUCUGAUUAAGAGAAUUGUCCAUGCUUCAAAGUUCACUCAAAGAGUUUAUUUUCUGUAUUCCGUGGGCUUUUUUUUUAUAAUUUGGCUUUUUUUUUGUUGUUGUUUUUUAAGGUUGUUGGUCCUGCAUUAUAUAUGUACAUAUAACUUGUUGAAGAAACGUGUGUGAGUGAAUCAGGCAGCACUAAAUAUUAUUCAUUCAUUCAGAGGUGUGGAUGGGUGCAUAUAGGCAUGUGUGUGCACUUGCCAAUGUCAAUUUGUUCAGAGGUACUGCAGCUAUUUUUAGCAGGAUAUUUGUUGAAUCUUUAACUUUCUUUAGUCAUUUCUGCUCAUAAAAAAACAGCUGUCCCAUUUGCCACUCACUAACUUUUUACUCAUAAGGGUCACAGUGCAUGUUUUUUUUAUGUAUGUUCUUGAAAAGCACUAUAUUUGUGAGUUCUGUAGCUGACACAUUUGCUUUUUCCAUACAAAACAAAUUGACUUGUACGGUCUUGUAAUACACACAGUGGCUUUUAUUGAGGUGACCUUGUACAAAGGUACUAAGUACUUUAUGAAGUUAAUGCUAGUUCUUUUGAAAGUGCAUUGUAACAGCUAAAUGUUAUCCUAUCAAAUGUUGUCUUAUAAGAAUUAAAAUAGGAUUUAAUAGGUUUUAUUUUAGGGCUAUUCUCAGUGAGUUUUGUUUUUCCUUUGACUAACAAAGUUUGCUGUUUGACUCACUGACAAGUAUACAGCAAAUGUUACUUCAUCAAAGCAAAUCUUUAAACUGAACAUCUAAGAUUUUUUUUUGUUUGGGUAAUCACAUAACAGAGAAGAAAAAAAAAAGAAAGGCUUAACAGUGCCACAUAAUAGCUAUGACCAAAGAACAGCAAGAUCUUUAUUGUUUUCUGCAUAUAUUUCAGUUAAUAUUUUUGUGACUAUGUACAUCAGAUGAGGAAAAUAGUCAAUAACAUGAUCUAUGAGAAUAUGUUUUUCAUGUUCCAAGCUCUUUUUCAGCUUAUUAUGCUAAGCUACUCUGGAAAUGUGCUUUCUUAGCUUUGGUCAAAGAUGACUAUUUUUAGGUUAUUCUGGAGGAAAGCUACUGGAUUAAAUGUGAUUCCUGUGUGGUGCUUAUAAACGAUGAAACUAGAGUAUUAAUUUUUAUAUCGCAUUUAUUUCUUUAAUAUGGUUAGUGAUGGCUGUAAUGAUAUUUUUUUAACUUCAAUACAUGUAGCUGUUCAAUAUGCCUUCCAAUGCAUUGACAUAAUGAGCUUACACAAAAUGAAAGAGUUUGCCCAUAAAUCUGCUAAAUGCCAGAAAAUACUGAAAAUGAAGACACAAGAUCCUUUCUUUGUUUUUAGAAAAAAAAAUUUCAAUUUCUUUUAGAUAAGGAAAUUACAGGCUUGUGUGAUAACUGUGGUGGUCUGUCUAUGUUAUGUCAUGUGCAGCCUAUUUACCCUUAAAAAAAAAAUCUCUGCAAGAACUCUGUGGGCUAUAACAAUCUACAUUGUGCCUGUCUAGUUAGAGGAGUCUGUGAGGGAUUUUAUUACUUGACCAACAUGAGAUUGGUGAUUGAAAUUGUGAGAUUUGUGUUUGUCUACAAAGACAGGUAAGGUUGUGAAAUAACAUCAUAAAGAGUGUGUAAACAGAGAAGCCAAAAAGCUAUAAACUACGAGAAAUAAAGUUCCAGUUAAAAAAGUCAAAGUUUUAUUUCCUUGGACACAGCAGUUUUGUUUACUCAAAAUGAAAUUAUCGAAGGCAUUAGUCUACCACACUGUUUUAGUGGGCAUAAUUUCAAAGGUGAGGUUAGUAAGUAUUAGUAAUCGAGAUAUGUAACCAUCAAGGGACAUUUUUUGGUUUUGUUAUUUUUUUCUAUUUCAGCAUAGAUUUAUCUAGAAAUAACGCAAACGUGCAGUCAAAAGCAAGUUUUUGCUUUGGUUUUGUUUUAGAACAUACCAUCCAAUUUCUACAUAAGAUACUAAUUAUUGAAUAAUUAACAUUAAUGUGUUUUGUAUGGUUAUGCAAUAAUUACAAAUGACUGGGAAAUAUUAUUUAUUUUGACAACAGAAUUUUGUAAAGAUCUUUUGUCAUAGAUGCCAGUCAUUUGUUGUCCCUUGAUUUUAUAAUUUUUUUUAAAUUAGGGAAGGGGUAAGAUUUAAGCAGAAAAAGAAAAAAGCGCUGAUUGACAAAUUAUAAAAGGUGUGCAUUGUAGAGAUCAUAAUGAUAAGUGAAUACACUUCCAUAUAAUUGUGAUUUCCUGUAGACUUACACUACUGAUUGCUCUGGAUCAAACAUUUCUCAGGACAAAGAGCUAGGAACCUGAGAAAGAAUUGACGGAGAAGCUAGGGUUUUAUUGAUUUUCUGUGAGAUUAAUUUUCUUGUGGCAGUCACACAUUGAUGGAGCACAUCAGUCAGGGUUUGUGAUUUUGAAAAUGGCAAGUGCUCUUAUAUGUAACAUGUUAAAUUUGCAUUGAGAUUUUCAUCUGUGAUCAAAAUAAUUUACUAACUUUGUAAUAAAAUGUUUUAAGCAGAUCUGCUGACCAAAA